AUGACAUCAAACAUAGCUGAGGCACUGAACUCAGCAAAUUUAGCAGCAAGGGAAACACCAGUGACAACAUUAAUGGAGUGCUUGAGGGCACAAAUGCAAGAGUGGACAUACAAUAAUAGAAAGGAGGCACAAAAAUGCACAACAAGGCUGACACCAUCAUCUGAGAAAAAACUCAUAGGGAACUAUGUACAGUCAUUGCGACUAACAGUGAAACCAGCAAACCAGAACCUGUUUGAGGUGAUAGAUGAAGACAGAACAAGAAUAGUAAACUUGAAGGAGAAGACGUGCACAUGCAAUAGAUUUCAAAAAGAUGAAAUGCCAUGUAACCAUGCAGUCGCCGUCAUGAAGGACUUGAACAUAAACACAUACAACUACUGUGCACAAUACUACACAUCAAAAGCAUGGCUGCAAACAUAUGAAGAAACAGUAUACCCAGUUGGAAACGUAAGAGAAUGGGAACUUCCAGAAUUUUUUGAAGAAAUCAUAGUGUUGCCUCCAAAGGAGAGAAUCAAGUCUGGAAGGCCGAGGAAAAGAAGAAUGGCAGCAGCUUGGGAAACAAAGAAACAAAACAAGUGUGGCAAGUGUGGACAAAAGGGACAUAACAAAAAGACCUGCAGAAGAAUUACAGCAUAG